GGUCUGAUGAGUAGCAGCAAAGAAGAAAUGCGUGAAUUGGCAGCUUUGUUCUAUUCUGUGGUUGUGUCAACAGUGUCCGGUAGUGAAUUAAAGUCAAUGAUAGAACAACUUAUAAAGGCGACAAAAGACAAUCAUAGCCCUGAGGUACAGCAUGGAUCCUUGCUUGCAUUGGGAUUCACUGUGGGAAGAUACUUGGCUAAGAAGAGAAUGAGAAUGGCAGAGCAGCAUGACCUGGAGACAGAUGCUGAUCUCUUGCCUGAGCAAGAAGAUCUCAUUCAGAAUGCAACAGAGAUAAUAGGUUCAUUUUUAGACAGUACAUCACCUCUGUUGGCAAUUGCUGCCUGUACAGCCCUUGGUGAAAUUGGCAGAAAUGGUCACUCCCCCAUCCCCAGUGAAGGAUCUGGAUUUACCAAACUGCAUCUGGUAGAAAGCUUACUGAAUAAUCCUUCCACUAAAGAAACUAAUAAGAUGAAAGAACGAGCAAUCCAAACAUUGGGCUAUUUUCCAGUUGGGGAUGGGGGUUUUCCCCACCAGAAACUCCUUUUGCGAGGCCUGAUGGAUUCUGUGGAGGCUAAGCAGAUCGAACUUCAAUUCACCAUUGGUGAAGCCAUCACCAGUGCUGCAAUAGGAACUAACUCUGUGGCUGCCCGAGAUGCCUGGGUGGUGACUGAAGAAGAAUAUACACCUCUUGCUGGUGCCAAAAUGAAUGAUGUUGUUCCCUGGGUUUUAGAAGUUAUUUUAAGUAAGCAUAUUAUCAGUCCCAACCCACAUGUGAGGCAAGCAGCCUGCAUCUGGCUCCUUUCUCUUGUGAGGAAGCUAAGUACCCAUAUAGAAGUGAAGUCUCAUCUUAAGGAAAUUCAGAGUGCAUUUGUUUCGGUUCUGUCAGAAAAUGAUGAACUCAGUCAAGAUGUUGCCUCAAAAGGGCUUGGGUUGGUUUAUGAACUGGGCAGUGAACAAGAUCAACAAGAAUUGGUGUCUACACUUGUAGAAACACUUAUGACUGGCAAAAGAGCUAAACAUGAAGUUUCUGGAGAGACAGUGGUAUUUCGGGGAGGCCUUGGCAAAACACCUGAUGGCCAGGGUCUUUCUACUUACAAAGAGCUUUGUUCUCUGGCAAGUGAUCUUAGUCAGCCAGAUCUGGUAUAUAAAUUUAUGAAUCUGGCAAAUCACCAUGCAAUGUGGAACUCCAGGAAGGGUGCUGCUUUUGGUUUUAAUGUAAUUGCUACUAGAGCUGGAGAACAACUGGCUCCUUUUCUGCCUCAACUAGUUCCUCGACUUUAUCGUUACCAGUUUGAUCCCAAUCUUGGAAUUCGACAGGCUAUGACAAGUAUUUGGAAUGCAUUGGUUACUGACAAGUCAAUGGUGGAUAAAUAUUUGAAGGAAAUUCUUCAAGAUGUGAUUAAAAACCUUACCAGCAACAUGUGGCGAGUUCGAGAAUCCAGCUGUUUAGCUUUGAAUGAUUUAUUGAGAGGAAGACCUUUAGAUGACGUCAUUGACAAACUUCCAGAAAUGUGGGAAACACUUUUUAGAGUACAAGAUGAUAUUAAGGAAUCUGUACGGAAAACAGCAGAACUAGUUCUGAAAACUCUGAGUAAGGUUUGUGUGAAAAUGUGUGACCCUGCCAAAGGAGCAGCUGGCCAGAGAACCAUUGCUGUCCUCCUGCCCUGCCUUCUGGACAAAGGAAUGAUGAGUCCUGUGACGGAAGUUCGAGCCCUCAGCAUUAACACCCUUGUGAAGAUCAGCAAAAGUGCAGGAGUCAUGUUGAAGCCACAUGCCCCCAAACUCAUCCCAGCACUGCUAGAGUCCUUAAGUGUAUUGGAGCCUCAAGUUCUCAAUUAUUUGAGUCUCCGCGCUACAGAACAAGAAAAGGCUGCAAUGGAUAGUGCUCGACUCAGUGCUGCCAAGUCCUCUCCCAUGAUGGAGACAAUCAACAUGUGCCUGCAAUAUCUUGAUGUGUCGGUGCUGGGAGAGCUAGUUCCUAGGUUAUGUGAACUGAUCAGAAGUGGUGUAGGUCUUGGAACUAAGGGAGGCUGUGCCAGUGUCAUCGUUUCCUUAACUACUCAGUGUCCCCAGGACCUAACACCUUACUCAGGUAAACUUAUGAGUGCUUUGCUUAGUGGCCUAACAGAUCGGAACAGUGUAAUUCAGAAAUCCUGUGCAUUUGCCAUGGGCCAUUUAGUUCGGACGUCACGGGAUAGCAGCACUGAAAAACUGCUACAGAAGCUCAAUGGCUGGUACAUGGAGAAAGAAGAACCUAUCUACAAGACCUCUUGUGCUUUGACUAUUCAUGCAAUUGGAAGAUACAGCCCUGAUGUAUUGAAGAACCAUGCCAAAGAAAUUCUGCCCUUGGCCUUCCUAGGCAUGCAUGAAAUUGCUGAUGAGGAGAAAUCUGAAAAAGAAGAAUGUAAUUUGUGGACUGAAGUGUGGCAGGAAAAUGUACCUGGCUCCUUUGGAGGUAUUCGAUUAUAUAUGCAGGAGUUGAUUGCUAUUACCCAGAAGGCCUUACAAUCGCAGUCUUGGAAAAUGAAAGCCCAGGGUGCAAUUGCUAUGGCAUCAAUUGCAAAACAAACAAGCUCUCUAGUACCUCCAUAUCUGGGAAUGAUACUGAGUGCUUUGGUGCAAGGCCUGGCUGGAAGAACAUGGGCAGGAAAGGAAGAACUACUAAAAGCCAUUGCCUGUGUGGUGACAGCUUGCAGUACAGAGUUAGAGAAGUCUGUGCCCAACCAACCCACCACAAAUGAAAUUCUUCAGGCUGUCUUGAAGGAGUGUUGCAAAGAGAAUCUCAAAUAUAAGAUUGUAGCAAUCAGCUGUGCAGCUGAUGUUUUGAAAGCCACCAAAGAAGACAGAUUCCAGGAGUUUUCUGAUAUUGUCAUACCCCUCAUCAAGAAGAACUCACUUGAAAGCAUGGGAGUUCGGAGCACCAAAGGUGAAGAUGAAAAUGAUAAGGAAAGAGAGCUGCAGCUGGAGUCUCUGCUGGGUGCCUUUGAGAGCUUGGGCAAAGCCUGGCCCAGGAACCCAGAAACCCAACGUUGUUAUCGUCAGGAGCUGUGCAAACUGAUGUGUGAACGACUAAGACUCAGCACAUGGAAAGUGCAGCUAGGUGUCCUCCAGUCGAUGAACGCCUUUUUCCAGGGGUUAAUGCUUUUGGAGGAAGAACAUGCAGAUUCUGAAGCUCUGGCUGAAAUUCUUCUUGAAACUUGUAAAUCAAUUACUUACUCUUUAGAAAAUAAGACCUACUCAUCUGUGAGAACAGAAGCUUUAUCUGUGGUAGAAUUGCUGCUUAAAAAACUUGAAGAAGCUAAACAGUGGGAAAGUUUGACGGCGGAAUGCAGAAGACUUUUGGUUGAGUCUUUAGCUACUAUGGAGACAGACAACAGACCUGAGCUGCAGGAGAAAGCCACAGUAUUGAAGAAAACACUUGAAAGUCUGGAAUGAAUGAGAAUGGGAAAAAACAAACAAGUGCCAUGUUCUUUUGG